GUUUCUUUAUUUUGACUAGGGAAACAGAGCCUUAAAAUGUGAUCUCCCUCGCGUUGCUUCAAAGCUCAAAACGUUGACAGCCAACAAAGAGAAUUUGAGAGAGAGAGAGGGCAGGGCAGGGCAGGGCAGAGCAGUGAUGGGGUCUGAUUGCAAGGAUGACAGGGAGGAAGUUUUACAGGCAUGGUAUAUGGAUGAUAGUGAUGAAGAUCAGAGGCUCCCCCAUCACCGGGAUCCAAAGCAAUUUGUGUCCCUGGACAAACUUGCUGCACUUGGGGUACUCAGCUGGCGAUUAGAUGCUGAUAACUAUGAAACUGAUGAGGAGUUGAAGAAAAUUCGUGAGGCCCGUGGAUAUUCCUACAUGGACUUCUGUGAGGUUUGCCCAGAAAAGCUACCCAACUAUGAACAGAAGAUCAAAAACUUUUACGAAGAACAUCUUCACACUGAUGAAGAGAUUCGUUACUGUGUCGCGGGAAGUGGCUAUUUUGAUGUACGGGAUCUUGAUGAAGCUUGGAUCCGUGUCUGGGUAAAGAAAGGGGGGAUGAUUGUCCUACCUGCUGGAAUUUAUCACCGCUUUACGCUCGAUACAGACAACUACAUUAAGGCAAUGCGGCUGUUUAUUGGUGAUCCUAUUUGGACUCCAUAUAAUCGUCCACAUGAUCAUCUACCCGCCAGGAAAGAGUAUGUUGAAUCUUUUGGACAGAAAGAAGCUACUAAUCACGCCAUUGAUGCUUCAGCUUAAACCGUAGCCUUUCCAAAAGCUCAAAAAACUGUUGUGUCUCUAAUAAUAUAUAUUGGCUUGUAUGGAUUGGUUGCUUGUAUGGCCCUCUAUAGUGGUUGCUAUCAUCUAGUACAAAACCGAUAUUACCUGUUUUAAACAGGAAAGAAUAAGUUUGUGUAUGCAAAUCUCAUCGUUGGAUGAUGAGCUUGAAUGCCUUCUACGUGAUAUGUAGAUCGAUAAAUAACUAUGUUUGAUUGUAUUAAUACACGAGUGUUGUCAUUUGUAAGGUCAAUUCAUUUUGAUCCAUUUAUCUCUAUUCUGAGGCACAUGAAUCUUUUUCCAAUAAAAAGGAAAGUAUUCUUAUGUCAUCUUUCAAUGAGAUAAGAAACAAUGGCAAUUUACCCUAAUUGGGUUAGUCCGUGAUAAAAACUAGUUGUUGUAAAUGAAUGGGAAGUCAUUGUAGAUUAUUAUCUCCAAGUUGU